CGGUUAUUGGCAUUUCACGAGGAUUGAGAGUCAUGGAAAGCAUACCUAAACAUAGCCAUACGACGCGAUCAUUAAUUUGCGAAGCCAUAGCCAUCGUGUGUCCCUUUUCUCGCGGACUAUCUAGAUUGAUCCCGUGUCUGCGGGUGAAAUAGCUGAAAUAGCUUGAGGGGAGGUUGGAGUGGCAGAACAUUUAGUUAUUUAUCUGAACCCACCCAAAGGCGGUGAGCAUUUGAUUUUCCAGCCUUGACAAAAAAUUAUUUAUCGCACGCAGCCAAACAACCAGAGGUUUAUUAGCCACUUUCCUCCGAUUUUCAGCUACGAGAGAUUUUCUCAACAAUGGCCCCUUCGCAGCUGAAGCAGCUGAAAGCCUCGCUACGGGAAAGUGGCAUCUUAGGGCCCCAACAAUCCAAAAAGCAGAAACAGAAAAAUGCAAAGUCCGGUGCGGGCGCCGCAAACCGAAUACAGCGCAAUGCUGCGCUCCAGGGAAUACGGGAACAGUUCAAUCCCUUCGAGAUCAGGGCUCCUGCAAGGCCUGCGAAAUUCAGUUCUACUUCGCGAUCGGACCAGGAUGCACCACGGUCCAGACCAGGGGUUACAAAAAGCCUAGGAGAGCAGAGAAGGAAAGAAACUCUCCUAAAGGAAAUGCAACGCCGGAGUAAAGUCGGAAUAUUGCUCGAUCGACGUUUUGGUGAAAAUGACCCUACGAUGACGCCCGAAGAACGAGCAGCGGAACGGUUUGCAAGAGAGAGCCAGAAGAAGCUCAAAAAGGAGUCGAUGUUCAAUCUUGAGGAUGACGAAGAAGAGAUGCAACUUACCCAUUUGGGGCAAACUAUCACGUUCGACAAGGAGAACAAGGAUGACUUCGAAGAGGACGAUCUGAAUGCCUCGGAUGAAGACGGCGAGUCAGAAAAAGCACGUAAGCGAAGGCGAAACGCUGAGGAGGAUGAUAUGGAGGGACUAGCUGGGGACUCAGAGGAAGAGGGGCAGCCGGAGCGGAAGAAAUCAAAGAACGAAGUCAUGAAGGAGCUUAUUGCGAAGUCAAAAUUUCACAAAUAUGAGCGCCAAAAGGCCAAAGAAGAUGAUGAUGAUUUGCGAGCGUCUCUCGACAAGGGCCUUCCUGAAAUCUUUGAGAUGAUGAGAGGAGUCAAAAAGCCAGAACCUGAACCUUUGCCGAAACCCGAUCUUACUGCUACGAUGAAUCCGGACCGUGCAGCUCUCUUGAAUGGAAAGGAUAGGGACGAGGCUGAUAAGGAGUAUGAUCAACGGCUGAAACAAAUGACCUACGACAAGCGAGCUAAACCGUUAGACCGUACCAAGACGGAAGAGGAAAAAGCAGAAGAGGAAGCAGAGAGAUUAAGACAACUAGAAAAAGAACGGUUGAGAAGAAUGCAAGGGGCGACGGUUGACUCGUCAGAGGAGGAAGAUAACGGCGGUGACAAAGACAUGGAUGAUGAUUCGGAGCCAGACGAUGCGAAGGCUUUUGGACUGACUCAACCAAGUAACAUGCCAGAGCUCGGUGUGGAGGAUGAAGAUGAUUUCAUUAUCGACAGCGACCUUGUCGAGUCUGACUCUGAAGCAGAGCUCUCUCUAGAUGAGAGCGAUCUGGCUAGUUCUGCGGAUGAAGAGGAGUCCGAGGAAGAAGAUGAUGAAUUCAUUGGCGGUUUGGUUCUCCCUCCUGACGCGGAAGCUGAUAAGAGACCCGCCACCACGAAUGGGGAGACUCCAACGGCGACGGCAAACAACAAUCUUGCAUUCACAUAUCCCUGCCCGGAAAACCAUGAGCACUUUUUGCAAAUCGUCGAGAAUACUAAAAUUGAAGAUCUGCCCACUGUAGUCCAGAGAAUUCGCGCUCUCCAUCAUCCCAGGCUCCACAUUGACAAUAAAUCGAAGCUCGCGACUUUUUCGAAAGUGCUUGUACAGCAUACUGUGUACCUAGCCAACCAGCCAGACCACCCACCGUUCGCUGUUCUCGAGAACCUGCUACGUCACAUCCAUUCGAUGGCCAAGGCUCAACCAGAGGCAGUAGCCAGUGCAAUGAGGAAUCAUCUACGAGAGAUGUCUGAGAGUCGACCAUUGGAAUUGUUACCAGGGGAUCUCGUUAUUCUAACGGGAGUUGCAACCAUAUUCCCUACAUCUGAUCAUUUCCAUGCGGUUGUCACGCCAUCCAUGCUUGCUAUGGCUAGAUAUCUCGGCCAGAGCAAUAUCGCCAACCUCGGAAAUAUCGCGACUGGCGCUUAUAUCGCAACCCUUUGCAUUCAGUAUCAGGCAUUAGCAAAACGAUAUAUACCAGAAUUCAUGAAUUACGUUGUCAACGUCCUCUGCAUUCUAGCGCCUAGCGAACCCGUGCAUACUCUCGGCUUCUUCCCUAUUCGGCAGGAAUCUACACCCCUGUGUCUAACACCAUCGAAAUUCCCGUUAACCACCAUCAAAAAACCUACCUUCUGGGACAUUCUCGCCACCUCGCCCGCCGAUGGAGCUGAACAAGAAGCCCUCAAGCUUUCCCUUAUCAGCACAUUUAUCUCCCUUCUUGACCAGGCCGCUGACCUCUGGUCCUCCAAAUCUGCAUUCUACGACAUUUUCGCUCCAGCAAACCGUGUCCUCAAAUACCUCACCAAGUCACUCAACAAUAAAACCCCCCGCACCCUCUAUGACCAGCUGCAAAGGACCUGCGACAAGCUGCAAGCGCUCCUAAAGCAAUCCGACCUCGGCCGCCGACCACUCCUGCUCCACAACCACCGUCCCCUAGCAAUCAAGACGGCCAUUCCUAAAUUCGAAGAAUCCUUCAACCCGUCCCGCCACUACGAUCCUGACCGCGAACGCGCCGAGCUCAACAAAUUGAAAGCAGAGCAUAAGCGCGAGCGCAAGGGUGCCAUGCGCGAGCUGCGCAAGGAUGCGAACUUCAUUGCGCGCGAGAGCCUGCGUGAGAAGCGCGAGAAGGAUGCGGAGUAUGAGCGCAAGUAUCGUAGGCUUGUGGCGGAGAUUCAGGGUGAGGAGGGAAGAGAGGCGAAGGCGUAUGAGAGAGAGAAGAAGGCGAGGACGGCGAGGAAGUAGAUGGGGAAUUUUUUCGUUCAUUUUUACUUUUGAUUACAUCUAUAUACCUAACUAUAUAUUUUCUUUCUUCAAUGUACUGUUUUAGGGACUACGGUUGUGGAUGCGGCUACGGCCAUUUUAGAGUUCAAGGGGCGUAUAUAAAAAUGAAACGGCGCGAGGUUUGUAAUGUUUGAAACGUGAUGAACUAAACAACAUCUGUUAUUCUUUUCCAUAACUCCGUCGAUCUUGGGUAUCUAUACACCAAAUCAGAUGCGACAGACAUCUCUAAAACGGGCCCUAAAUGUCGCAAAAAGCCAAUGGAAUAAGAUGAAGCAGAAAAGAACCACAAUUCUCCCGGCGCCACCGCAAUCUAAAACAAGAAAUGUAGAUGAAACAAACCAAAGCUAAUAAAACACACAAGAAGAGGUCACCCUCCAGGUAUAUGUCACAUUUUAAGCUCCUCCGCCCCAACACGAAGCAGAUACUCGCAUCUCUCUAUUUGCUUCUUAUCGAUAAGCCUUGUCUUCGUCUUGCGUGUUUUGACGUACAGUUGGUGCAGCGCUUUCCCAGUCUUCGCCGUCGUAACAGUUCCCCACACAGGGCUGCCCUUGACUCGAUGUAUAUUUGGAUCAUAGCUGCGUAUAAAACUUGUCCAGUACCCUUGCACAACGGGCACAAUAGGCGCAUUAACUCCUUUGCCCCUAUAUGAGCCGGGUCCGUAGGCGUACUUUGGGCCCCAUAUGGCCGCCAUGUGAGCCGUGUGAGGGACUCCAAUGCCGUUUUUCAUAGCCGGAGGGUCCUCAACGUCAUAGUGAAAAUUCCAUACUUUACUCGGAUCGCCGUGCAUGCUACCUGCAACGGUGAGGAUGAUAGCGGGGCAGUUGUAUCGCAUUUCGCCGUAGGCGUUGCUUCCCUGGCGCCAGUAUGGGCCAUAUUUUCUUUUGGCUUCGGGAAACACGUCGUUGGUCUUUGGGUAAAGUUCAUGGAUCUUACGGAAGUGCUUUUUCUUCAUGGCUGGGAAUUGGUUUUUCAGGAAAGUGUCGGAUUCUUUGAAGCUGCUUGUGUUUCUGGGGACGAAAACGGUACCUUCGUUAUUGUCUGCGCCGAAUAUCAUGGGGACUUUUUUGAACUGGCCUCUCGCGAAAAGCUUGUAGGUAUAGUCCUGAAUUAAAUAGCCGUCGACGGUUGGACUGUACAUGAACAGUGGUGGGCUAAUGCCGCCAGGGAGCGGAUAACGCUGGUCAAGUUUUUGCAUUCUCUUCACAUCAACCUUGCGGAGACAAGCAAGGGAAUCUUUGCCUGUGCAUUUCGUAUUCUUGACGAGAUUGUCAUACAUAUACUGGCUUUCUCGGAUAUUAAGCUGUGUCCCAAAUGAAGGGGAACCUGCCGCUGCCGCGUGGAAAGUGUUGACCCCUCUACCUCCGAAAGCACUGAGCAAAUAGUAUACAGAAGCCGCACCAGCACUAUCCCCGCCGAUUGUGACAUGGCCAGGAUCUCCACCGAACUGAAAAUAAAAUUAGUCUAAAAAUUUU